GAGAGGGCUGUUAAAGCAGAACCUGGAGAAGCAAGGAUAGUCAGCCAAUCAGAAAUCCCUUCAGGCGUUUAAAGGGAUGGUGGGCAGUCUCUCGGGCUUUAUGAGCGACUUAUUUUGCCACCUCCAAACAUUCUCAGGUCUUGACCUCCCACCGACACUCAAACAGAGCCGAGCGUUUGAAUGAGUAACAGUCUCGUUCGCCUGAGUCGGCACUGAUGUGUCCUGAGUGGCGUUUUUCUCCUUUUUCCACCGUAUGAGCUGCUGCUGGAUGCUCCUCGCCCUCCCCCCGCAGCACUUGUUGCGCAGAGACUGGAUGCGCCGCUGAGUCCUUAGAGAGAAGAGGCAGGGACGGACUGCAACAGGUGCACACACACAGGAUCUUCUCCAGAAGGCUGCACCGGAGAUUUAAACAAAACUUUAAAUGCCGAUUUGACGAUCUUCUGCCGCCUUCAGCUCUCGCACAAAGCCAGGAUGCCGGUUCUGACGAGCCCCGACAUUGCCAACAAGUUUAAGGAGAAAUGGCUGGCGGUUCACCCGGAGGAUCCGGUCACCGGGUCCGACUCUGCCCCCCUGGACGACAGCCUCACCAGCCUCCACUGGCUCCAGAAUUUCUCCAUCCUCAGCGCGGACCCGGAGCGACCCAACGGAGCUGGACCGGGCUGCCCGUCCGCCCAGCAGCAUCUCAAGCGGUUCGGCUUCCCCAGAGGUGGCACCGACUCUCCGUCCAGCCCGCCGGCCGGGGACACCGCCGCCACAGGGAUGCCUCCGUACCUCGGGAGCCCCGUCACCUCUGGUAGCGACUCCACCGCGGCACCGCGGUUCGCCAGUUGCACACAUCCGGCGAACAGCUACCCACAGAUCCUCAUCCAGGCCAGCCCGCCUAUUGAGGUCGACUACAAAAGCAACCCUAAAGUCAAACCGCCCUAUUCCUACGCUUCUCUCAUCUGCAUGGCCAUGGAGGCCAGCAAACAGCCCAAAGUGACACUGUCCACCAUCUAUAACUGGAUAACGGAGAAUUUCUGCUACUACAGACACGCGGAGCCCAGCUGGCAGAACUCGAUUCGUCACAACCUGUCCCUCAACAAGUGUUUCAAGAAGGUCCCCAGACAGAAAGAUGAGCCGGGAAAGGGAGGCUUCUGGCAGAUUGAUCCACAGUAUGCUGACAUGUUUGUCAAUGGCAUCUUCAAACGCAGGAGGAUGUCUGCUAACCACUACAACAGCAGCAGCAGUGGCACCCACAGACAGAGCAAACUGGUUCAGGGUUAUCACAGCACUCAAGAUGGCUGCCCUUACCAAGGGGUGGGCGGCAAACGGAAGCACCUGCCUUCUAAAAACAACAGCAAGGCAAUGAGGUUGACUGAGUCUCCUCUUUUGGCAACAGAGGCCCACAAAGCAGACAUGCUGAGGGGGGACUUUGACCUGGCAUCCGUGUUCGACGACGUUCUCAGUGGGAACUGUAGCACCUUUGAAGAUUUGGACAUCAACACAGCGCUGAGCUCCCUGGGCUGCGAGAUGGAGGUUUCCAUGCAGGGGAGGCAGCACUCUGCGGGGCUGGGGAGGUGGUGUGGAGGAGGGGACAUCAUGGGUCAGAGCCAGCACCUGAGCCACCAUCAAUCCUACGGUUACAUGGAGCUGAACGCCGCUUUAAUGGAUUGCACAGCCAAUAUGGGAGAGCUCCAUGUGCCGCAGCAGCAUCCGCAGCAGCAGCUGGACCAGGACCAGCUGCUCCAAAGCCACCACCACCUGCAUCAGUUCGACGAGCCCUCCACGCUGUUCCCAGAGCAGUCUGAGGGGACGGUGCUGCAACCCUGGGAGGAGAUCAAAGAAGAGGCUCAGACAAUACCUCUGACUCUGGAUCAGGGAUUUGGCCUGUGCGAGGGAUUCUUCACAGAGAUGCACCCAUGGGAACGAGUGGAGGCCUAUCUGUGACCCCAAACUUCCUUGACUCCUGAUUAUUUAAACUGAGUGACCUGAACAUCUCUGGUUACUGGUCCAACCCUAUAUUAACCCCAAAAGGAUAACAGUGGUGACAGUUAGAACUACAGUCCAGUUACUUCUGCAUUCCCUCCAAUCCGUCUGCAGUAAACUGCAUUUGUAAUUUAUUUUUUGUAAAUUUACUUGUCCUGUUACAAACAUGAUAAUGUCAAAUCUAUCUUGAACUGAAACUGUGAACACAGCUAACAAAGAUUGAUCUGACUAUAAAAAUAUGUUGGGCAACAUGAUUACUGCCUUAUCUCCUGGCAUAGACUCCCAUUUCUUCCUUAAGGGUGUCAGCUGAUUGACAGGAAAUAGUCUGUAACAUGGCACAACACUGAUAUAUCCGGAAAAUGAAAUGACAACACAACAGAGUAAUUUUCAUAAACCAAAUCAAAGUUUGAUGUGGACUGUGAAGGAUUAACAAGUUUCUUCAGAUGGAAGAAAAAUGAAGAAAACUUGACUGUGUGUAGACAACAAGACAUUCUUGUCCUUUAAGUUGGAUUUUCUGAAACUAUAACAGCUCAAAUGUCCGGCAGCUGGUAAUAAGAGAAUGUAUUCAAAUGAGUGCUGAACUGGAUUGAAAUGCAGCUAUUUGUUGCUCUGGGGUUUUUUGAUGAAUUUAUGGCAUUGACAGAAGAAAACCUGACCACCCUCCUUCAAGGCACUCUUAACAAACAAGCACUGUCACUAUGGGACUGAGAAGAUUCACCUGAGUCUAUUUUGCUACAUUAGCAUUAAGCUUUUUUUAUUUUACUAACAUGCAGUGAAAUCAGCCAUUCAUCUCAACUGUCAAUGUUGUGAGAUGAUGAAAGAGCAGUUACCAGAGCAAGAAUGGAGAUAAGAAAACUUUAAAUUCAUAGUCUGAGAUUAGAAAUCAGUCAUGUAUGACUUUGUUAUAUAGUCAAUUUUAAUAUAUAUUCUGUAAAGUUUAUAGCGUGAAGCUAGGCAGGAACAUUUGCCAUUUGUCUACAGUUAUGUAUUGCAAAGCUAAAAGAGGAGCAGAUCAGAAAUCAAACAUUAUGCACUUUGUUAGGCAGCAGUUUUAGGAAAGCAGAAAAGCUUUUUUCACCCCAGGAGGUUUAGUUUUAUUUUGUGUCGUAUUGAAAAGAUAUUUUCUAAAGUUUACUGACCAUAAUGAAAGUGACACAUAUGCUCUAAUUGUCCAGAUCAUUUUCUUUUUGAACAACUCCAACACUGAAAUUAAGUUGACAUUUUCUUGCUUAAAUAUACCGUUUUUCUUUCCAAAUAUAUAUAAAAAACUGGGCAUUUGUUGAUUAUAUUUUGUAUUUUGCCAAAUUUGUUGAUAAGGCAUAUGCAUUUCAUUGGUGUUUCUGUGUCGAUUAAUAAGAAAACAAAAAGAGUUGUGUUUUCUGUCACUGGGUGAUGGACUUCCCCUUGUCCUUAUUGAUUACUUUGGUUUGGGUCUUUUUAAUUUGUAUGGUUUGUUUUCACACAUCUGAUUUUUAAAAUGUGUUUGAGAACCUAAUAACUCUGUUGUUUCGCGGGGGACAAAUGAUGAGCAGGUACAUAAAUUCAACUCUGUAACGCCAGAUUUUCUUAUUGUAUCAUAUUGAUCAAGUUUGAUAUGAACUCUUUAAUCUUACCAUGUUAUUUUAAUUUGUACUUUUUUAAGCUGUUUAAAAAUGCAAUCAUGCCUUGAUGCAAUAAAUGGUGUCAGUUAAA